CCCCAGCCACCCGCGAUGUUUGUCAUGAUCCGAGAACCAGAAACAACAGCAUCAACUCCGACAAGCGACACAACAAACACGAAACGACACGCCCCGCCAUUGGGGCAUCCGAUGAUUUUUGGGAAAAUUUGGGACAGGCGCAUUGGUUGACACGUCCAUGUAGGAUUUAUUGACUGAGCUGAAAAAUGUUAUGAUGGCCUCUCCGAACUCUCUUUCCUCCGCAUAUACUAGUGGCCUGCACCGACAACCAUCGCUGCGGCAAAUGUCUCGUUCUACGCUUUCUCGCUCGAAUUCUAGACGCUCUUCACCGGCUCUCGACUAUCAUACAACUUCGCGGAAUGAGAGAAUAUCGAUUCCGAGACAGUAUUCAGCCGGUGACAGCUCCGAUGAUGAGGUUCCGGAGCCCAAGUUCAGCGCUUCCGUCAAGGCUCUCCUCGACGAGGACGGACUAGGCUCUUCCCCUCAUCUCAAGUAUAGCAGCAACGAGCGUCCCUCUUCAACCGAACGUGCGACGUCGGCUGCGACAAGUCAAUCGAGGCAGUCCCGAACAUCGUCACCCCUUGAUCGAUCAACCGGAAGCCCCGCUCCUCGUGUAGUGCGCAUCGCUCCAGCUCUCACCAACAGCAACAGGCAUGCGCGAGAAGGAUCCCCUCUAUCACAGAGUGAGAGCGCAGGCUCUGGUGCGAAUUAUAACUCAAAAGAUCUCAUCACGCCGGCCCCCAGACCGCGCAGUGUUCGCAUCACUGGAUCGCGAAGUCAUACACGGUCGCCUACUUCGGUGUCCCCCUCCCAAAAGCAGUCUGCUGAUAGGAGCUCCAUUAAUGAACAUUCGAGCGCAGAGCGCUCGGAAAAUGGGAGGACGAUGAAUUACGAGGACGACUACGCCCCUCGAUUUGGCACUGCAUCUGUGCUCCGCUCGCGCCAUGGGGAGGAUGUGGGCAUGCAGAGUUCCCUUCGCGUGAAAAGAGUCGGAAGGCUCACAGGAACAUUUCUGAAUGGACCUGCGAGAAGGGGUGUUCUGCGGCGGCAGAGCGAGGAGAACAAUGACCCUCAUAGCUAUUCCGCCGAACGACAUAGGGAAUCGAUUCUCGACCCGAAUGACGACAACGCCGAAUAUCGCUACAAAGCUAAACCCCGAAGCUCCUCGUCGCCCAAGGUAACAUGGGCGGACCCCAGCCCGCCACAGGAAGCCGAGCGACCUCGAGCAUAUGAUCCCGCUAGUGCUUCCUCUGGGGAAGGCCCAUUCUCCAGGUCUUCAUCGCCGAGAUCCUCCGGAUCACACUCCAAAUCGACACCUGGUUCCGCCUCGGAAAUGUCCUCCAAGCCUUCAAGUGCUCAUGAGGAGCCUGUUUUCAAGGUCCCACCGCUUCCUCAACUCCCGGCAACCCGAGACCAAGAGAAUGAGCCUCCACCAACUUUCAAACGUGAUAAGCCCCAGGGGCUUAAUCUCCUAAGCAAACCGGAAAAGCUCUCUGUAGUCUACGGGGACGACCAGAAAGACAAUGCGGAGACGCCAGCUGGAAAUUCCCCUCGAAAGAUUCUAGCAACAAGGAGUAGCAAUACCCCUCAUCGGCCAGCGCCCCCUCCUCCGAAGAUGUCGAUGCUUGAGACCGCCACAGCGACGGGAGGAGCGGCUACGGCAUCUCAAUCUCGCAAAAAACGAAGCCAAGUCUCGGUCAAUCAUAAGCCAUUCACGCGGCUGGAUUGCAUCGGACGUGGCGGAAGUUCUCGUGUCUACCGGGUCAUGGCCGAAAAUUAUAAAAUCUUUGCGCUGAAAAGAGUGAAUCUCGAAGAUGUCGACCCUGUGACUCUAGCUGGCUACAAAGGCGAGAUCGACCUCUUGAAGAAGCUGGAAAACAUUGAUCGGGUUGUCCGUUUAUUUGACUGGGAACUCAAUUCGGACAAGCACACCCUCAGCGUUCUAAUGGAAAUCGGAGAGUCUGAUUUGGAAAAGAUCCUGACGUACCGGUUGAAUGCCGAGGAUGCUGUCUUUGAUAUCAACUUCACGCGCUAUUACUGGAAAGAGAUGCUUGAGUGUGUUCAGGCGGUCCACAAUUGCAACAUUGUGCAUUCCGAUCUGAAGCCGGCCAACUUCCUCCUAGUUCAGGGAAGGCUGAAGCUGAUCGAUUUUGGAAUCGCCAACGCCAUCCAGGAUAACACGGUCAACGUGCAUCGGGAGCAGCAAGUCGGCACACCCAAUUACAUGUCACCAGAAGCUUUGAUCGACUCUAAUGCCUCGCUUGGGCUGCCAGCCAGUGUUGGAAAGAUGAUGAAGCUCGGCAAGCCCAGUGAUGUCUGGAGUCUGGGCUGUAUCCUUUAUAAAAUGGUAUAUGGCCAACCGCCAUUCGCCAAAAUCGCCAAAUAUUACGAGCGCAUCAUGGCCAUCCCAAAUCCUAAGGUCCAGAUCGACUUCCAUGCUUUUGGUGUUGGAGGAGUUGCAAUACCGCCCGGGCUGAUCCGUACCCUGAAACGCUGCCUGCAACGAGAUCAGACCUUGCGACCGACAGUGGAAGAACUUCUCAGCCAGAGAGAUCCAUUCUUGUACCCUGACGCACAAUUGGAAGGCACUGUUCCAGUCAAUCAGGACAUGCUAGGCAGGAUCCUGAUGAAUGUAGUCCACCACUGCCGGACUCGGGGCAUACCCAAGGACGAAGAAAUAGCCGCCUGGCCGGCUGGAUUCUACGCGAAAAUCAAGGCGGCACUAGAAGAAAAUACUUGAUCACACUUGACUCGCCACAACUCCCUUUUGUCUUUUGCUUUGGUUGAAGAUCUCGUUUCAUGAUAUCCUGGAUGAUCCGAUGACACGGCGUCCAAGUUCACGUCUGCUCUAUGGAAUAGUUCCCUUUGUCACUCAUUAUCUUCUUGUACAUAUUCUUUUUGGGAGCCAUUUCUUCCCCCUUGGUAUGGGGAGUUGGUGUUUCUGGAAUGCGCUUCAGCCUUGCAUGUGUAUGCCGCGACUCGUUGCAUUGGGAAACUGUUGGGUCAGCAUGGUCUUUGGAGUUUCAGUAUAUGG